AUGAACCUCGAUACACAGUUGACGGCAUUGUUGGUCGGAAUCAGAGCAUGUCUCCUAUGUUCAAACGAUGGCAGGAUAAUCCAAAAUGCACUCCUGGCUCUGGAAGGCAUCUCGCUGCUUCUCGAAGCAGAGCAACGCGUCUAUGCUCCUUCUACAAGGACUCAAACACCUGAAAACAACUGUUUAUCGUCUGAGCAGUCAGAUGGUAGCCCGCAAGGGCCUGUGGAUACCAUGAAGGAACAAUUCGCAUUCGGAAAUAUUGCACUUGAUGAUAACGAGAGUACGUUGAUCGCAAGAAGACUUAUCAGGGAUGCAGCUAUAAGAGUCGGACAGAACCUUCGGUGGAUCGGUAUGAAGCUUAAGUCCGGGAUAACAGGCUCUAUCCAUCAUCCUCAACGACUUGACCAGGAAAGAGAACUGGCUAUGGGCCGUGUAAAGAUUAUUGUGGCAAGAACAUCUUUACAUUUCUCAUAA